UCCAGCGGGGUCAAGUUACGAUUAUCGAAACCAGAAAAAAGUUUAGCAUCAGCCCAGUCUUGAAAAUUGUCUUUCUUAGUCCCAAACUAUGCAACUCUUCUCGAGGUGUUCGUUCGGUCGCUUGAGUUCUGUGAUUCGUCGGUUUCCGACGACGUACUCAGCUUCCUGCCAGUGGCUACACGCCUGCUCUGCGACUGGUGCCGGGGCGCGGAGCCUGCAGCAGCAGUGGUGAAGGCCGGUCUUUGAGAGAGAGAGACACACACACUGGGCAAGGGGCUGAAAUAGUGACAGAUGCGGCAAGCGGCGCUGACGCAGCCGGCGGCCCGCUCGGAAGCAGUGGUAGAUAUAUUUGCAUAAUAAUCGAGUGCCGGGCCACCCCGCGUCUAAAAAACUGCUGCCGCGACAUAUGGCGCCUGUAAAUGUCUUACUCUCUCGUCUGGACAGCACCGCACUCGUGUGGCAAGGACUUGGCCUGUGACGUGCUGCUCACCACGCAGUCAUCACACUCUGUCCUGCCUCUUGCAUAAGGACCAUCCAAAAAUCUCCACUAAAAGAUAAAUCUUUCUAUUUGGGAUUUUAAAUCGCUAAUUUCGAAAACAAAGUGCAAUGCUUGAUUUCAUAAUUUUCUAAGGAAUCAACUUUCCCAAUUUUAAAAAAAGCCAGUUUUUUUUAAGAUUUAAGUGAAAGCAGAUUUUUUACAAAGGAUUCAGAACUGUUUUGAGACGAAGCACAGUCGGACAAGCUGGUUUGUGGAUGUUUGGUUUUCUUUGACCUUUGCGCGGUCUCCGUGACCUGGUGUCAGACAAGAUGCCGAUCAAAAGCGUAGAAGACGACUUGUCCAAAACAUCCGACGAGUUUGAGCUGCUGGACGACGACGAUGAGGACGAUGAAGAAGACGACGACUCAGAACUCGAUGACCUACCGGACUCCACCACUGGCAGCGACAGCUGUGACCACCGGAAGAAACCCAAGCUGCCUAAGAAUUCCAAGUGCAAGGCGAGCAAGCGACGGGACAAAUCCAUUUCGGGCGUAGGCCCCGCCAGCAACGAAGAUGAGGCGGGAGAUGGGGGACAGGCCAAGACCCCAAGAAGCGCGGACCGAAGAAGAAGCAGCUGACGAAGGCGAGGAUCGCCAAGCUGCGCAUGCGCAGGGUCAAGGCCAACGCGCGCGAGCGGAACCGCAUGCACGGGCUGAACGAGGCGCUGGACGAGCUCCGCAAGCACGUGCCGUGCCAGACCAAGACGCAAAAGCUGUCCAAGAUCGAGACGCUGCGACUGGCGCGCAACUACAUCCGGGUCAUGGCCGAGACCUUGCAAUCCGGGGUGCGCCCGGACCCCUUUACCUUCGCCAAGGCGCUGUCCAAGGGCCUGAGCACUAACACCAUGAACAUGGUGGCCAGCUGCCUGCAGCUCAACCCGCGGACUUUGCAGCCCGAAGGCAUGCCCUUCAAGCCCUACCAGCUUCUUUACGACGGCACCACGGCCGACUUCCCCCCGCUGGCGCACCCCAGCGACAUCUUCGCCUACGGACCCGCAGCGGGCAUGGAGGUGCCUCAGUGCGGUCCCCAGCGGCACAUCAUCUCGUCGCAGCUGUCCCCUUUCCAGCACCUGCCGCACGUGGGUUCUGUGACGUUCCCGCCGGCCGUAGGCCAUCCCCACGCCGCGCCGCACCGGCCCAGCCCUAGCAUGCUGCAUGCGGCAGCCGGAGGCCGGGGGCACGCGCUGCCCACUUCCAGCUCCUGCUCCGGGGGCAGCUACCUGCCUUGCGCAGAAUUAACGUCGUGCGAAGCGUUUGCGCCACCUGGAGGCCACAGCUUCGGAGGCGAAGCGCACGUGCACAGCUCGCAGGACGUGUGCGGUCAGUACCACUUGCUGCCGGAGGACCUCGCCGACUUCCAGCCCGAGCCAGUCCUGGAGCACGAUCUCAGCAUGAUUACGUCCACCACCAGCAUCUACGACGUCAACAUGUCGUAAUAACAACGUCGACAUUUCGCUACGACAUUGUAUCUCGCCUAACCACGUGAGAUUCCGUGACAACGGCAUCACGUUGUGACGUCACCAUGUCAAUGCAUCUUGCGGACUGGCACACAUUCAACUCACACGUUGAGGCUGAGACUUUGGACUUUGGGACAAGCUUAAAUCACAGAUGGUGAAGUCAAGAAUACGAGGAUGAGUUCUGUGCAAAGCUAAAGAAAGUUUUUUUUUUUAAAAAAUUAAAAUUUUUGCAAAAGAUUUGAAAUGUAGGAAAAUGAAGCACCUGACUGUUGCCAGCAGGGUAUUCUGUGAGUUCGAGUUUUUCGAUCAUAGACAACAGAUUGUGUCGGUUUGUGAAAAUCGUUAUAGUCAGAAGUGACAGAACACUUCAAGAACCAGAGAAAACAAGCUGAACACAGUCUGAGGUCUCAGCUCUCUUGAGUUUGUGCGUUGAUCAUUUUAUAGUUGUUCCCAUGAACAGUUACAUGCAAGUGCCUAAACAGAUUUCCAUGUCACCUUUCCGGUAGACGAUGAGCAUCUCUCUCGUUAAUGAUUAACGGGGACACAGCUGUGACUGUUGAACAUUGACUACAUUCCGUGUCAUUUGCCCCCAAACUGUGCCCAGCUCUGUAUGAGUGUAGAUAUGUUGCAUGUUAUAUAUUCCACAAGUGCCAUUUGCCUAAUAUUGCUAUAAGAGAAUACACCAGAAACUGUCUCUGUUGUAAACGCUGUCUUAUUUUUAAAAAAAAGUAUUACAUUUCAUAUUUGACUGUUUAAAGUGUAUUAACCGCCUAUAUUUUCAGUGAUUUUUGUGCCUCGACACCUUCCAAGCCUGCCUUCCUGCAACCCUUGAUAUUUUAUCCACCAUCUUUGUGCCCCGUCCCUUCCUUUUUAUUCAUCCGUCAGAAUGUCCUUCCUUGUGUGUGCUUGUUCCCUGCCACAGUACUGUCGUGCUGGUUUUGAGUUAAGUACUGCUUAUAGGAGGCAGAUAUAAAUGUUGCAAUGAUAUAAAUAUUGCAAUGCCAUAGCUGCUCACUAAUCCAAAAUAGGAUUUUAGGGUUCAUUGACAGUAGCAGUUUCACUGUUGCUUUACUUUUAUUUGACUUGUUACAUGCACGCGCGCGCACACAGAGUUAAUUCUUGCUGUUGUUCAGUUACGUAACUGGCUACAUUAUUAAUUUUUUUAGAAGACCAUAUUCUCUUUCAUUAAUCUUAGUUCAUCAGAGUCAUUCCAGCUUGGCCAGUGAGCUGUUGUCACGUCUGUUCUUCAAAGUCGUGUGGCUAACCAUGCGAUGCUAUCGUGUACACAAAUAUGUCGGAACUCAGAGUACACAAAGUAUUUGUGUUUGUUUUGUGGGUUCUGCUAGUCUCCUCUGUCACCAUGACAACAUUUCGUGUAGCCUCUGUUAGCAAUAAACAGUGCGUGGCGUUAAAUGUUUUAUACUGAGUCCGGUUAUGACACAAAGUUGAGGUGGAUAUUUUUUUGGUUUCUUUCUCUAAGAGUUCCAUUACUCAGUAUUCUUACAUACAUGUCCUACCUGCUUCUUCAUCUCUUCCUACAGUUUUGAGCAUUUACCUUCUGCUGUGCACUCGCAGUGGCCUUGAAAUGUCAGGGGUCAGGCAAAAUUAUUUCGUAAAAAUCAUUGCUUGAAUGUAUGAGUCAUCAAGGACAUGAGACAUUUUGCAGUCUUGAGACCAAGAGAAGAAUAAAGGGCCCAUAUGUGUGCCCGAGACCUGGCGAACUCCUCAAACCCUCUUUUUUUCGGGUCGAGAUGUUCUACCUUUGUGAGAGGACGUCCACGAUGUCGCGAGUCCCAUUUCCUGCACCUUGUCCUACUUACAGGGCACUCUGUCCUUGUUUCCCUCCUCAUCCACCCAGAACACUCCCAUUCCAGUCACUCCGGGUAUGACACGCUUUUCUUUUUUAUUGGGCACACGGAACGAUUCAUGAAAUAAGAAAAUCCAGCUCCUUUAUCCAUUACAUUUUUUCACGUGUGAACUAAGGUAAACAAAUAUGUACAGGUUGGACAUAAAUCGACAAACAUAUCUUGAAUACAACAUGUACUGCCAGGCUUGUUUAGAACAGAUGCCUUGACCAUUUAAGUGCAGGCUCGCUUAUGGUUAGUUUAGGAUUUCUAAACAACAGCUGUCGUAGAGGAUGGGUGUGUUUUUAGUUUUUUUCCCUUUAAUUUCUGCUGAUACUGUGCAAUACAGUAAUGAUUAAAGGGGUUCCGAGCCUUAUGAAAGGUCACAGCCCGCUAAUAGCCCGCUAAUGGUUGGAACUAUCGUUGAAAUGGUUGUGAAACACGAGCGGAAGAUAUCUGAAAGUCUUGACGCAGAACUUUCACCACUAUCAUAGUUUUGUUAUGGUAUGAGCAUUAAACAUUACAUAUGUUUAGUCCCGUUAAUAUCAAUCUUCAAGGUUUCAAUAACUCUGUAAAACGCUGUUAAUGUUCAGGUUGUGUUCGACUAAUCAGAUGUACAUGCCUUUUCUCCCCCUUGUGGUGAAUGAAGUUCGUUUUACAUUCAUCUGAGGUCUUCAGGUGUGAAAAGGUGAUCAUGCAUCAACGUUUACCGUUUUGUGCAAUAAUAAAUGUUGAUUCUUCAAAGUGCAAUUAAACAUUUCAGUUUUCAAAAACAACCUCUUUUAUCAAGUUUUUAUGUGUAUUUUUACUCAUGAUUAUGCAUAUAUGUUUAAAGAGACCUGUAGUAAUUGUUAUAGGACAGGAAAAGAAUUGUGCGCGCGUAUGUGUGUUUUAUGGGAAUGAGAGAGAAAGGAAGAGAAGUCAUGUACUUCAGAAUGUGGGUGUGGGUAUGCGGAGGGGUGGAGAUUGCUGACUGCAGACAAAUAUUUUUAAAUCUUGAGCUCAUCGGCAGACGCACUUACUCCACAAAAAAACAAAACAAAAAAAACAAAAAAACAACAACAAACAAACAAAA